AUGGGUCUCUACACUAAGCUUGCCGAGAACCUCGACGAGGUCGACGUCAUCAUCGCCGGAGGUGGCACGGCAGCUUGCGUCGUAGCUGGUCGUCUAGCAGAGGCGGACCCCAGCCUGUCCAUUCUCCUCAUCGAGGGAGGUCCGGAUAACAAGGGUGUUGCCAAUAUUGAGCACCCCGUCUUCUUCCUGGACCACCUCCUGCCCACUUCCAAGACAACCAUCUUCUACAAGGGAAACAAGUCUGAGAAGCUCGCCGGACGAGAAUGCAUUGUUCCCUCAGGUGGUACGCUCGGCGGUGGUUCGUCCAUCAACUUUAUGAUGUAUACUCGGGCACAGCGCGAGGACUUUGAUUCAUGGAAGACACCCGGAUGGUCAGCCGAUGAGAUCCUGCCUUUCCUCAAGAAGCUUGAGACAUAUCAUGGCCGAGGUGACCCCUCUGCGCAUGGUUAUAACGGCCCCGUCCACGUCAGUGACGGUACAUUCCGCUCUACCGGUUUGGAGAGCGACUUCAUCAAGGCUGCAUCCCAAGUCGGUUGGCCCGAGAUCCAGGACCUGCAGUCGCUAGACCACAACAACGGUUACGAGCGCUGGCUUCGCUAUGUCUCUAAGGAGGGCAAGCGACAAGACACUGCCACCGUCUAUGUCCAGGACAAGCUCACCGACGCCAAGUACCCCAACCUACAUGUGCUGGUCGAGUCCAAGGUCGUCCGAGUGCUUCUCGAUGAUGACAAGCGCGCUAUUGGUGUCGAGUACACACCUAACCCUGCCUUCCAGGCUGAAAUUGGCCCUACUCAACAUCCUAAGUUGACUGUUAAGGCCCGCAAGCUUGUCGUUGUGUCGGGUGGUGCCUGUGGUACACCACCCAUACUUGAGCGAUCUGGUCUUGGCGACCCUAGCAUUCUUAAGAGGGCCGGUGUUCCUGUUAAGGUCGACUUGCCUGGCGUUGGCCACGAGUACCAGGAUCAUCAGUUGAUCUUGUAUCCUUACAAGACAAGUCUCCAGCCCCACGAGACAAUUGACAGAGUUCUUCGACACCCCGAGAAGCGCCAGGAGCUUAUCGACUCAAAGGAUAAGGUCCUCGGCUGGAAUUCGAUUGAUAUCUCCUCCAAGCUCCGACCUACGGAUGCUGAGGUUGCAGCUUUGGGUCCCGACUUCCAAAAAGCAUGGGACAAGGAUUUUAAGAACGCCCCUAACAGGCCCAUUAUGCUGAUGGGUGUUGUUUCUUGCUUCUUGGGUGACCCUUCCAGUGUGCCAGAGGAGCAGUACGUUACCGUAGGAAACUACACAGCGUACCCCUACUCCCGAGGUCACAUACACAUUACAGGACCGAAUGUCAAUGACCCCUUGGACUUUGACGUCGGCUACCUCAACGACGAGAACGACAUUGACCUCAAGAAGCAGGUUUGGGCUUAUAAGAAAUCCCGAGAGAUUAUGCGCCGCACCGAGAUGUACCGUGGUGAAAUCGCCCCCGGCCACCCGGCCUUCCCCGAAGGCUCCCGAGCUGCGUGUGUGGACCUUAAGCAGUCGCUCUCUAACGUUAAGGACGUUGAGUAUUCUGCCGAGGACGACAAAGCUAUUGAGCAAUGGGUGCGUGAGAACGUCGGGACUACAUGGCACUCCAUCGCCACCUGCCGGAUGGCUCCCCGCGAUGAGUUCGGCGUUGUCGAUGAACGUCUGAACGUCUGGGGAACAAAGGGUCUCAAGCUUGCCGACUUGAGUAUUGCCCCGGCUAACGUCGGUGCCAACACAAAUAACACGGCAAUUAUGAUUGGUGAGAAGGCGGCUGAUAUCAUCAUCAAGGAUCUGGGACUUGGACAGUAG